UCAUCUCUAGUUGAACCGUCCAUUUCGGUAGCGUAACGAUUGAGACAAUUUUAAAAGUAAUUUAUCUGGAAGUUUUUUAACAUAACAACAUCUUGGCAUCUAGUAAAAAUGACCUUAAUGUUGCGCCUGUGUAGGCGUAGCUAUGCGACAAAACUGAAAGAUCACCAGGUGACGAUGAUGGCCCGUGGCUUGCCCAAGCGGGAACCGCUGCCUGGCGUCCAGAACAUUAUAGUGGUAGCCUCUGGCAAGGGUGGUGUGGGCAAAAGUACUGUGGCAGCAAAUUUCGCCUGCAGUUUGGCCAAGUUGGGAGUGCGUGUUGGGCUGUUGGAUGGCGACAUUUUUGGACCAAGCAUACCAUUGCUGAUGAACGUGCACAGUGAGCCGCGGAUUAAUGAGAAGAAUCUAAUGUUACCGCCCCAGAACUAUAAUGUCAAGUGCCUGUCAAUGGGCAUGAUAACGCCGCCCGAUGGUGCCAUUAUUUGGCGCGGCCCGCUGGUCAUGUCAGCCGUACAGCGUCUACUCAAGGGCGCCGAGUGGAGUCCACUGGAUGUUCUGGUCAUUGAUACGCCGCCCGGCACUGGAGAUGUGCAUCUCUCACUGACACAGCUUGCACCAAUCACAGGCGUCAUAUUGGUCAGCACCCCGCACAAAGCGGCAGUGGAUGUAACAGUCCGUGGUGCUGAAAUGUAUCAAAAACUGAAGGUGCCUAUCCUUGGCCUGGUUGAGAAUAUGCGCUACUCCAUCUGUGACAAUUGCAAUCAUCGCAUCGAAUUCUUCAAGAAACAAACUGAAGCUCCACACAAGAGGCUGCCAAAGACUCUCAUUUCAUUGCCUCUAGACUCACAUAUUGCAGAUUGCGGCGAAACAGGCGUACCCGUUGUAAUUAAAAAUCCAGACUCUGAACAUGCAAAGCUCUUUAGUCAGCUUGCGCGCCAUAUAUGGAGUAUAUUGGAAGAGAACCAAAAAACAAAUGAAACAAAGAACGAGACGAAAAGUAAUACUUAGGGAGUUCAAUUAGACGCUAAUUAAUAAUUUUGGCAAGCAUGUUGCUAAAGAAUCAAAAGCCUUGCACGGUUAUAUUUUAAGUUUUAUCAGUCUUGAUGAAUAUAAAUGCCAAGUUUGCUAGCCUUUUCGUACUUACACGUACUUAAUGGAGUCAAAAAAGUUGUAAUUAAAUCCUGAUCUUAAGGAAUCGCGUAACGAGAGAA